UGAUGGUUUCACAUGUCACAUUGAUAAGGGCUCGCGAGCUCGGUGAACUCACUUUCAACCUCCGUGCAUAGCCUCGAUUGUAGCAUGCACAUACAGUAAACGUCAGUUACCUAAAGAAUAUCGAGGCACGGUCACAUUACUAUCUAGACUCCGAGGCUAAAGUGUCGCCGCGCAGCACGCCGAUGGAAGAGUCGCCUGCCGCAUCCCUGAGCGAUGUGCUCAAUUGGCGGUCGCUGCGAUGGAACGACGGCUGUACCUAUGACGGCCUUGAGGCGCGCGGCGCCUGCGAGUCUCACGGCGUGGUGACGUGGCCGGGCCGGAGGGAGCGCUACGAGGGACAGCUGGUCGGCAGCCGGCCGCACGGCCACGGCGCCUACCGCUGGCGGGACGGCACGCUGUAUCGCGGCGAGUGGUACGCGGGCCACAUGCACGGCUGCGGCGUGCUCAUCUGGCGGGAUGCACAGGGCGAGGUGCAGGCGCAGGUGGGCUUGAGUGAUUGCUUGGGCGUGCGUUUGCGUGUGUAGCGUACUCGGCUAUGUCUGUGUGUUAAAGAGCACAAGGACACAUGUCUGUGUGUGUUCGCGUGGUGUCGCACAUGCACACGGCCGUGUGGCCGUAUGUAUGGCUAGCGUAAGAGUGC